AACGAUGACUUUAAUUUUUACUAGUUGAACCGAGGAGGUGUAAAGCUUGGGGAUAGUGCUUCUUGUGAAUUGUGAUUAAUUAUGGUGGCCCAACAUCUGCAGUGCAGCGCACCACGAAAAGUUUGCAUUUACCAUCACGAGUGCCCCAUCAGUGCCAUUACAAAUACCACAUUUCCAUGUACCAUUUUCUCCUGUGCUAAAAACGAUCACACAGAAUUGAGAUGAAAAGGCACCUCAAGUUUCUUCCUUUCCUCUUCUUCCUCUCUUUCUUGAUCGCCGGAAGUUUCUUUUGCCGUGCUGCUGCCAGUGAAGACCCCAAAACAGAGACUGCGAUAGGGCCUAGCGGGCAGACUAGGGACGCUAGUGGUGCUAGUGGUGCUAGUGGUGCUAGUGGUUCGGGUCAUGGGCCUAACUGGGACUUCGGUUGGGGAUGGGGUUCCACCCCAGAAGGUGGAUGGGGUUAUGGUGGGGGUUCGGGGCAGUCGCCAAAUGGGUUCGGGAAGGGCUUUGGAUAUGGGUAUGGUUUUGGAACGGGCUCGGGUUCCGGGUAUGGUUAUGGAUAUGGAAGUGGUGGUGCUCAUGGUGGUGGUUAUGGGUCUGGAAGUGGCUCUGGAAGUUCUGUUGGUGGGGGCGGCAGUGGUGGUGGAAGCGGUGGAGUGGGUGCUUCCUGGAUCCGUUCCUCUAACCAAAACCACCAUGGCUGAUCAAUUGGUCGAAAAGUCGUAUGCCUGCGUGCUCUACAGGAAAUUAAGAAUAGUCAAUUAGAUAUGAAAUCCAGAUGGUGUGUAAGAUUAUAUAGUGUGGUUUUACAGCAUAUAUUAUAGUUGUAUGAAUUUCUAUACAUGCAUUGCAAUAUGCACUAUAAUGAAUAGACUAAAGUUUU